AUGGCCUGCGAAAACUGCAAGAAAGGUUUCAAGUGGAACGGCGAGUCCGUUGGCAAGGUGGACAAGCUCGACCAGAUCGACUGCUAUGUCACUGGCGACAACAAGGAUGCCGCUAUCCUCAUCGUCACUGACGUCUUCGGCUGGACGCUUCCUAACAUCCGCCUCAUCGCAGACCACUACGCAAAGGAAGCCAAUGCGACCGUCUACGUACCCGAUGUAUUCGGCGGCGAAGUCGUAGACCCCGACGCGCUCUCCAACCCAGAGAAGCAAAAGAACUUCGACAUCAUGGCCUUCCUCGGCCGCAACAGCAAGGACAUCCGCUGGCCCGAGAUCAAGCAGCACGCGCAAACGCUCAAGUCGCAAUACAAAAAGGUCGCCGCCAUUGGCUUCUGCUACGGCGGCUGGGCCUGCUUCAAGCUCGCCGCCGACCCUUCCCUGAUCGACGCCAUCUCCACCGCCCACCCCUCGCUGCUCGAGAAGUCGGAAAUCGAGGGCGUCAAGGUCCCCGUGCAGGUCCUCUCUCCCGAGCACGACCAAAUGUACACGGAGGAGCUCAAGAAGGCUACGCUUGAGACGCUGCCAAAGACGGGUGUGCAGUGGGAGUACGUCUACUUUCCUGGUCUAAACCACGGCUUCGCUGCGCGUGGUGACCCCAACGAUCAGAAGCAGAAGGAUGGUUUGGAGAGGGCGAAGAGGAGUGCUGUGAACUUCUUCAACGAGUUCUUGCACUAG